AUGGCGGCCAACGAAGACCUCAUCGACUUUGAUAUCAUCGAGACACAGAAGGAAAACAUCCAAUCAUUACCUGGUGGCCGAUCUGCGAGGGAGUUAGCUCGUAUCUUUUCUCCGCGAGACACCACGGACAAGCUUGCAGCCCCAUCCCCUAACGACACGAGGACGAUGAACGAUGCCAUCCGACAAGAUUACGAGGCUGAGUUGAAAACCAUAGGAGAGUCGGACGAUCCGCUUGAUAUAUACGACCGCUAUGUAAAAUGGACACUAAAUGCAUAUCCGUCGGCCCAAGCAACCCCGGAGUCGGGCCUUCUCCUGUUACUGGAACGUGCGGUGAAAUCAUUCCUGUCGUCAAAUCACUACAAGAACGAUCCUCGUUACCUGCGUCUGUGGCUUCACUAUAUUCGACUUUUUUCUGACUCUCCACGGGAAACGUUUGCCUUUUUGGCGCGGCACCAUAUUGGAGAGGGACUUGCGCUUUUCUAUGAGGAAUUCGCAGCUUGGCUCGAAGGUGCAGGGCGAUGGACACAGGCAGAUGAAGUGUACAGGCUUGGGAUGGACCGGGAGGCACGACCAGUGGAGCGCCUUGUACGCAAAUACAGCGAAUUUCAACAGCGCUACGAAUUGAAGUCUCAUGACAACGGUCCGUCUUCCCCUGCAUUACCCGCGGUGCGUCCAGCAUUGGCUGCCAAAGUAGAUCCGUUUUCUUCAGUCACACCGGCAUCAGCAGAUUCACAAGUACAGCGGCCAUCCCCUGGUGCGAGGGGACCUGCAAAAAUGAAGUCGGGCAAACCAAAGAUGGCGAUCUUUUCGGAUACUGAUUCCUCGGCAAGUCCACCCGCCGUAGCAGGACCGACCAAGGGCUGGGAGAGCAUCGGGUCAUUGCAUGAACGACGAAAGGAGAACAAAGUAGAGGCAAAGCCAUGGGCGGGAGAAACUUUGAAGGCAGGAAAGAAAGACGGACCGGCACAAAAAAUGACAAUUUUCAGAGACGAGUCAAACUCAAGUUUACAAACCAAAGAUGCAGAGCAAUCGAAGCAUGUUCCAGAACAUCGUGUAAGAGAGGCAAUAAACCCCCGUACAGGGCGCCGAGAGCGUGUUUUCGUCAAUCUUGAUGCAGUAUAUCCCGACUAUACGAACCCCAACAAGGAGGUCAGCUUUGAAGAGCUCAGGGCCAUGAGCCGUGGCUGGAUGGACAUGAACUGGCGUUCGCAGAAAGAACCUCUCAAGCAGAUAUCAGGGAACGAGAACAUCAUUGAUCAUAGGCUUAAUAGGGACUUACCGGAAGAAUUCAAUCAAAAAUUGAUCAUCAAGGACCCGGAUACUUCAGCACCGCACCCUGUUACAGACCUCGAUGGAACCAAUGAGGGAAAGACUGGAAAAGCACGGAAGUGGAAAUUUCGUGAAGUUCGCGGAGAGACGCAAACUGUCAAAAUGAAGUUUGACUCGCCGACUGGGAACAAGAUUCGACGUAAAAGCACCUCUGAACCAACGAUGACUAUGCAUACCCGAGCUGCCACAGACGAGAUUUACAGCAUCUUCAAUCAGCCUCUAAGGGCGGAGGCGGAGGCUGCUGAAAGCAGCGAUUUUGAGGAUGAUGGCUACACGAGUGCUGGAGAAAGUACUGUAACUGGACGGAUAUCAAUUGCUUCAAGCGAUUUCGGGGACGAUGAGACCACCACCUUCCACAAGUCUUUCGAUGAGGAUGGCUUUGAUGACACGCAGGCCGAAAGUGUUGUCGAAGGAGAAUGGACCGAGUUUUCGCCUAGGAAAGCUGAGGAUGAGCAAGAUGACGGAGACAUAUCCAACGAGAUGCGAGGAAAAUUUGUUCCCCAAAUGCCCGAUGAUUACAAUCCACCCUACGGUACUUAUCGAGAUCCUGCAGUAAUGGCCCAGAACCGUUUGCCUUUCAUGACCCCCAUCGUCGAACAGACGGAGCAUUCCCUGGCUUCAAUGACGGCUGCCAGAAGCCAGAUCUACAAUGCGAAGACUCCAUCCAAGCCGAUGCAUCCCGAAACGCCUCAUAUUGACCUUCUGGCAACUCCACUAGCUACGGAGACACCGCAUCACACGAUAAGCCUUGGCUGCUUGCCCGAAGACAUGACGCUGAGCCCAACGGCAAUCAAAACGCAAUCCGGCCCGAAGCUCACUUUCCCAUUGAGAGAUAAUAACGAACAGUCGACUAUCAUCACGGACCCGCAGUGCAAUCCCACAAGCAAAUGCAUUCGGGACGCCAUUCUUUCUCGUUCUUUGAACCCAGCCCUUGCUUCAUUUGCUGGGUAUCAUCGCUCUACGGAAAUAGAGACACACUAUGCUUCUGACAUCCAAAAGUUCAUGAAAACCCAUGUCAAGCGUCCUAGAAGUGGUGACGGAGCAUCAUUUGAUGUGCCAAUCCUCGAUCUCCCUGGUGCAGAGCGAAGCUAUAUCAUUCGAAGAGAACUGGGGGCCGGUGCUUACGCCCCAGUCUACUUUGCGGAAAGUAUUGACAACCUAUCGUCUGAUUCGGAGAAUGAACACAUGGACGACGAUACCCAAGACUCCCACUCGACGAAUGGCAGCAAGCUAACCAAGCGAAACGCGUCCCGCUAUGGAUUUGAAGCACUUAAACUGGAAGUUGGACCCCCCAAUCCUUGGGAGUUUUACAUGAUCAGAUCCGCACACGAACGAGUUAGCCAGGUGCCAGAGCUGUCCCGCGCUGCCGAAAGUAUCAUUCGUGUCCACGAGCUUCACGUCUUCAAAGGAGAAAGCAUUCUGGUUGAAGACUACCGUAGCCAAGGGACGUUGUUAGAUCUUGUCAAUCUCGUCCGCAACGAGCCGCUUACAGCCAACGCUACCGCCGAAAGCGGGUUGGAUGAAGCCCUUGCUAUGUUCUUCACUAUUGAACUAUUCCGAACGGUCGAAGCUCUUCACGCAUGUGGCAUCUUACAUGGAGACAUCAAGGCCGACAACUGUCUUGUGCGGCUAGACGAAAAAUCGACUACACCUGCCUCGCUUAUUGACCUGGACAAUAAUGAGAAAUACUCCGACCCACGCGAGGUUCAUUACUCUCCUCGAGGCUUUCACGGCUGGCGUUCUAAGGGGCUUUCCUUGAUUGAUUUUGGCCGCGCAAUUGACAUGCGUGCCUUCCUGCCCUCCGUCCAAUUCAUUGCGGACUGGGAGACUGGAAAACACGAAUGUAAUGAAAUCCGCGAGAUGCGACCAUGGACUCACCAGAUCGAUCUCUACGGCAUUGCGGGUACCGUGCAUAUCAUGCUCUUUGGCAAGUACCUCGAGUCAACGCCAAUCCAAACAAGCGAGGGCCCUCCGUCUUACCCCAACGGCCAUAGCACCACCACCACUACGAGAAUAUAUCGCAUCCGCGAAACGCUGAAACGGUACUGGGAGCGCGAAAUCUGGAACGACGUCUUCGAUCUGCUGUUGAACCCCUUCGCUGAUCGCUGGGUCCAGAUGGAACGUGAUACCCCUAUCGAUGGCAUUAUCGCAGACGAAAGCACCCACCAUCUCCCAGUGCCGAACUCUAUGCGAUAUGUCCGGGAGAAAAUGGAAGCCUGGUUGCUCGUCAAUGCCGAGAAAAAGGGUCUUGGUCUUCAGAUCCGAAAAUUGGAGGCUAUAUUUUCUGAAAGGAAGAAAAGAAUGGAGAAGUGUUAG